UGCGUACGCAAUCGGACCGAUAUCAAAGUGGUGGCCGAAAACGGCGUCGACAAGCAGACUUCUUUUGAGUCACUCUCGUGAUGACCACCAUCCUCCUCCUUGUGAUGGUGGUUAUCGAUGAUGUCUCCUGCAUCCGGAGGUCGUCCAAGUCGUCGAAAUCUUCGUUCGAUUACUGUUCUGCGGGAUUGUGCCCAACUGGAACGAGUCACGUGGCUUGUGGUGGACUCAAGUUUGGCUCGGACUGUCAACGGCCAAUUUUGAUCAAGAUGACACCGAAGUAUGUGAAUUUGAUACUGAACUAUCACAAUCUCAAGAGGAACGCGUUAGCUUGUGGAUCCAUGAAGAGAUUCGCGUCGGCCAGUUCAAUGCAGAAAUUGCGCUGGAACGACGAACUCGCACAUUUGGCCGAAUUCAACGCAAAAAGUUGCCAGUUUGCCCAUGACGAUUGCCACAAUACGGAGCGUUUCCGGUACACCGGUCAAAGCAUCGGUAUGAAGUGGUUCCACGGGAUGAAUUAUACCUCGACGCACGUGGUGCGGGACUUGCUGCGCAAGUGGUACCUGGAGCAUAAGGAAGCGAAGCAGAGGGACGUCGAUCGGUACGAGGUCACUCCGCACAGCUUCCGCAUCGGCCACUUUACCCAGCUGAUCCACGCGGACACGACCGAGAUCGGUUGCGCCCUGGUGCGGUUCCACAAACAAUCCAACAAUCUUCCGUUUAUGCACUACUACCUGGUGUGCAACUACUCCGAGGGUAACAUCGAGGAUCGACCAGUCUACCGGAAGGGCAAACGGUGCAGCAAGUGCAAGCACGGAUGCACCGGCGGAAAGUUCCGCUGCCUGUGCCGAGGUUAAACAAUAAAAAAAAAACUCCCAGCAGAAUCAUGAUAUCAAAGGUGCUAUCUUCUCUUUUAUAUUUG